UAGUUUAUCAUUCUUGGGGCUGCGGUUGUCAAGGAUUCAGAGGUGGCGCCACGGAUGUCUGGUGAGCUUCGAAGCUGGGGCAACGCAGGGCCUUCGAGAGGUCCAGGCUGUGCGCUGCGCCCCCGGAGUGGGUGUGGGGAGGAGACAGCGGGUCUUUUUGGCCAGAGCUUGACCGGACAGGCGAGGGGCAGAGGAGGCUGCCCCGGCACUGGAAGGGCCUUGAUAACUGAAAGUCAGUGUCCUUGCCGCCCGCCCCGGUCCCCUUCGUCUCAUCCUGAGCCCUUCCGCCACGCUGUCCUAGCACCUGUGCCCUUCUGAAAUCUUCCCUUCGCAUCUUAGGAUAAGAGUAGUUUCGGGUAUCCAGGAUUGUUCUUAUUUUCCCUCAUCUACCAUUCAAUACUGGGGACUUAACGAGCAAGUAGAGUUUUAUAACAUGCCACCGCCUCUCUUAGUCUGAUUCACUCAAAAGUGUGAAGGCUCUUGCCAUCCGUUAAUUAAAAAAACAAAACAAACAAAACAACUGUUUAAAUAGCACUUUAAUGGACCCGGUUUCAAUCCCUAGUACCUCCAUCAAAACAUUAAUACGUAAAUAAAUCUAUUCAUGGCCCUCACCCAAAAAAUACCCUUAAAAAUAAAUAAAUAGCGUUUAUGUGUCAGCCAGCACUGUUAAGAGCACUUUCCAAAUAUUAACUUAUUUGCUUGUCAUAACUCAAUGAGGUGGGCACUAAUAGUAUGUAACUUCUCCCUCGCACCCCCCCCCCUUUUUUUUUAACGUCCAGGAAGAAAAUGAGGUUAAGUAUCUUAUUACGGGUCUUGUAGCUGAUAAAAUGGUGCUUGGAAAUCACUAGGUCACAUAAUUAUCUUUCUUUCAGAAAAUUGCUGUCAUUAACUAUUACCCCGGUGAAGAUUUAAGUGGUGGUAGACAUUUGUCUCUUUAUUAGCAUUCAUUUUAUUUUAUAUACAGUUGCCCACUCUCCAUCCUAAAGGAGCCUCAAAGAGAAACAAUUUUCAAGAAAUUAAAGGGCAAGAAAGAACUAAGAUUCUACCUGUUUUUAAAAUAUUAGAACUAAUAUUUCCUUUUUUUGGUAUCUAUGUGCUGAGACCAUUCCAGUUGACUAUUUUCUGAUUUAUUGUUCAGAUCACUAGGAUAUUCAUUUAACCUUUCAAUAGAAUUUAUAAGAAAAAUAACAAUAGUGGUAAUGUAUAAUAGUUUAGAGUUUAUCAAACUGCCAGCUUCUUUGUGCUCUUUAUCUGAGAUCUUAUUUUAUCUCUGUAUCAACCUAGAAAAGUAGGCAAGGUUGGUUUUAGGAUUCCUAUUUUACAGAAUAGACUAAGGCUCAAAAUGUGAAGCCCAAGACUGGAGGGGGUACCUGGAGGACAAGUCUCAAUCCCAGAUCUUACCCACUCCAAACAUAGAUCUCUCUGCAACAGCUCACCUGAUUGGAGGGACUCUGCCUCUCCCCCAGAUUUUGGGAUUUCCAGAAGAAAAGAUCACGGCGGGGAUUAUCAAGAAUAGAUCCUUUUUCUGAAUACUUAAGCCUUAAGUGACCACAGCCUUGGCCCUUCAGACUCCAGAGAUGCAGAAGGGACUUCUAGCAGUGAAAGUAAAAGAGGAAGAGGGGAACCAUGCCUAUAGGGAAGAAUCUGGCCUGUCAAGAGAGAACCCUCACACCAGAGAGAUCUUCCGUAGACGCUUCCGGCAGUUCUGCUACCAGGAGACACCUGGGCCCCGAGAGGCUUUUCAAAGACUCCAGGAGCUCUGCCAUCAGUGGCUGAGACCAGAGAUGCACACCAAGGAGCAGAUCCUGGAGCUGCUGGUGCUGGAGCAGUUCCUGACCAUCCUGCCUGAGGAGCUCCAAGCCUGGGUGAGAGAGCACCGCCCAGUGAGUGGAGAGGAGGCAGUCACUGUGCUGGAGGAUCUGGAGAGAGAGCUGGAUGAACCAGGAGAGCAGGUCCCAACCAAUGAGCAUGAACAGGAAGAGCUUGGGAAGGAGAAAGCAACUCCAGAAGCUGCCCAGGAGUCAUCAAGUGGCCAGCUCCAAACCAUGGAGAAGCAGCCUCAGUGUAACUUGCAAGAGGUGUGCCGGGUUCUGGAGAUCGAUGAUGAGGCUGGGGCUGGGAAUGUGGAGUUAGCCCCAAAGAGAGAGCUGUUUAAAGAAAUGAAAUUGCUUGUGAAAGUACCUGAGAACCUGAAUGGUGAUAUUAUUCAAAUGCCUGACUGUGAAGAGACCUGUGAUCAUGAAGGCAGAUUGGAAAGGCAACGGGUAAGCUCUUCAGUGGAGAGGCCCUACGUCUGCUGUGAAUGUGGGAAAACUUUCACCCAGAAUUCCAUCCUCAUCGAGCACCAGAGGACACACACGGGCGAGAAGCCCUAUGAGUGUGAGGAGUGCGGGCGGGCCUUCAGCCAGCGGUCAGGCCUGUUCCAGCACCAGAGGCUCCACACCGGGGAGAAGCGCUACCAGUGCAAUGUUUGCGGCAAAGCCUUUAGCCAGAACGCCGGGCUUUUCCAUCACCUCAGGAUCCACACGGGGGAGAAACCUUACCAGUGCAAUCAGUGCAGUAAGAGCUUUAGUCGACGUUCUGUCCUCAUUAAACAUCAGAGAAUUCACACUGGAGAGAGACCUUAUGAAUGUGAAGAAUGUGGCAAGAACUUCGUUUACCAUUGCAACCUCAUUCAGCAUCAGAAGGUCCACCCUGUGGCUCAGUCCAGCUACAUACACAGAUCCCUCAGGAAUCGAUUCCCUUUUCCCUGUCGGCGAUUCCGGAAGUUUCGGAGAUACAGAGAAUUGAACAAAAACGCUGUACAGAGCUGGCUCAGAUCGGCUCGGCAAGCCUCGACCAGCCAUCAGGUGGGCGGAAGUGGGGAUACUAGCCGGCUGAAGAGGAGCAGAAGGAGAAAGCGAUUCCUGAGACUCCUCAGUGCUCCUCUCGCGUGGGCGCGGGGGGCAACUACGGAAUCGCGAGGCCCUCCCGCCCCCUUCCUGGAGCUGCGGCGGAAGUGCCCCCAGCUAGCGGUUCCCCGCACUUCGCGGCCGCUUCCGGCCUUUGUGGGUCGCUCUUGCUGGGUUCCGGUUCCGAGGCGGUUCGAGGCAUUAUCCCUGGCCGGGGGACGGGAACCUGUGUUGGCCUCUGGGGCGGCGGGUGAGCAAGCCUGUGCUCCAGACGCGGCGGGCGGGGACUACGGCGUCCUCGUGGCCUGGGCCCCUGGAGCCCGGCCCGGGCUGCAGCGGGACGGCCUCCGGUCCUCCCUUGCCCAGGUCCACCCAGGAAGAAACUUUGCACAGGAGAUCUUGCUUGAAGCGUUGAUAAGCUUUUGCACAGCUAUGAUGGCAUCUACUUGGGCUACCCAGGCCCACAAGGACCAGGAUGAACUUUUGGAAGUAAAGGAGGAGGUGGAGGUGGGGGAGGAGCACAAGUAUACCGCCAGACAUGAUCGGAACCUGCAAAAGCACAGCACCCAUAGCAGCAGGGAGAUCUUCCGGCAGUACUUCAGGCAGUUCUGCUACCAGGAAACAUCUGGACCCCGGGAGGCUUUGAGCCGACUCCGGGAACUUUGCCAUCAGUGGCUGAGACCAGAGACCCACACCAAAGAGCAGAUUCUGGAGCUGCUGGUGCUGGAGCAAUUCCUGACCAUCCUGCCUGAGGAGCUCCAAGCCUGGGUCCAGGAACAGCAUCCAGAGAGUGGGGAAGAGGUGGUGACUGUGCUGGAGGAUUUAGAGAGAGAGUUGGAUGAGCCAGGAUAUCAGGUCUCAGCCCAUACUGAGGAACAGGAAAUGUUCUUGCAGGAGAUGGCACCGCUCGGAACAGGACAAGAACUCAGAAUGUCCCUGCCAUCCAAGAAAGCCCAGCUAAAGUGUGAAUCUCCAGAACUUGAAGCCCAGCAGGAGAAAGUUUCAGGUAUUGAGACUGGAAAUGAGUACAGGAAUUUAACUCUAAAGCAAGAAGUUUCUGAAGAAAUGAAACCAUGUGGGAAUAUAUCUGGCAAAUUUGAAAAUGAAAUGCCUCAGUCUGCUAGGUAUGAAAAAACUUAUGAACCUGAAGGAAAACCAGAAGAGCCUUCUGGAUACUCCAGGAAAGAUAUACAACCUACAUGUGAUGAAAAUGGAGUAAGUCUGACUGAGAACUCAGACCUUACUGAACACCAGAGAACCUGUCCAGGAGAAAAACCUUAUGAAUGUGAUGACUGUGGAAAAGCUUUUAGUCAGUACGCAUGCCUCACGGAACAUCAGAGGAUCCAUACUGGGGACAGGCCCUACAAGUGUGAAGAAUGUGGAAAAACUUUCCGUGGGAGAACUGUGCUUAUUCGACACAAAAUAAUACACACUGGAGAGAAACCAUAUAAAUGUAACGAGUGUGGCAAAGCCUUUGGCCGGUGGUCAGCUCUUAAUCAACAUCAGAGACUUCACACAGGAGAGAAACACUACCACUGUAAUGACUGUGGCAAAGCCUUUAGCCAGAAAGCAGGCCUCUUUCACCACCUCAAGAUCCACACAAGAGACAAACCUUAUCAUUGUACUCAGUGUAAUAAAAGUUUUAGUCGGCGUUCAAUUCUUACCCAGCAUCAAGGCGUUCAUACUGGGGCAAAGCCCUAUGAGUGCAACGAGUGCGGAAAAGCCUUUGUUUAUAACUCCUCCCUUGUUUCGCAUCAGGAGAUCCACCACAAAGAAAAAUGCUAUCAGUGUGAGGAAUGUGGGAAAUCCUUCAGUCAGAGCGGCCUCAUUCAGCAUCAGAGAAUCCACACUGGGGAGAAAUCCUACAAAUGUGACGUCUGUGGGAAAGCCUUUAUUGAGAGGACAAGUCUUACAGAACAUCAGCGAAUUCACACUGGAGAGAGACCCUGUAAAUGUGAUAAGUGUGGGAAGGCUUUCACCCAGAGAUCAGUCCUCACAGAGCAUCAGAGGAUCCACACCGGAGAGAGGCCCUACAAGUGCGAUGAGUGCGGGAAUGCCUUCCGAGGAAUCACCAGCCUCAUUCAGCAUCAGAGAAUCCACACUGGGGAGAAACCCUACCAAUGUGAUGAAUGUGGCAAAGCCUUCAGACAGAGGUCAGAUCUUAGUAAACACCAGAGAAUCCAUAAUAGAGGUGGUCCCGAUAAAUGUGAAGAGUGUGGGGAGUCGUUUAGGCAGAACUUAGCUCUCACUCAACACCAGACCAUCCACAAAGGAGAAGAAUCUGUUUCUGUGUCAUGACUACAGGGAAGCUAUCUCACAGAGUGCAGGCUAGAAACACCAGCUUUGAAAUGAUUUAGGACGAAACAUUAGUCACUGUUUCUAUAAGGAACACUCACAUAUUUUACAAAGAAUCCACUAUGUGUGGCCCGUUUUAUUAGGUGCUGUGGAGAACAAGAAACAUAACACCAGAUUCUUUUUCUCGAGUUUACAGCCUGGUGUGGGAUAUAUGAGAUCCACUUGUUUAGUUAAAUAAAUAAGUACAGGGCAGUAGAACUGAUGCUCGAAGUAGUGCUGAAUUAAGCUGGCACUUGGGAAACAGUAAGUGCUGUAAAUUGUGAUGUGUGUGCGUAUGUAGUUAGGGGAGGGGUGCUAGUGCUCUGCCCUGUUUUACUCUUAACUUCCCUUUUUUCCUAUAGUUCCCACUGUGUUCUGAAUUUCCUAAUAAUUUAUCUUGAGAACUGGUUUACAAUUGUUUAGUUUGUAUACCUUCUUGAAUACAUAAAAGAGCCAAAGAUUAGUGAUUCUUCUCAGAAAAAAACAAAUCAACCAACAGCUGGUUGACAUCACCCCUUGUAUUACUGAGUAAACAGUUCUGUUUUUUAUGGGAACCUAUGAUGAUGAUUGUAGUGGAUAAUAGGCAAGCCACAAAGAAGUACACAAAGCUGCUGGUCUGUUUAUCUUUUUACCCACAAAAAUCAACUUGAUCUCUACUGAGAUGUCCUUUUAUUUCUUCCCUCUCUACUUUUGGACAGCAAAUGCCACAAUUUCUAGGACUACCUUCCCACCCCAGAGAACUUCAGUCCCCUCACCUCCCCUCACCUCUAGCUGGUCAGUGGGUUUGAUGUGGUGAGACAGUGAUGAAAGAGGAAGGGGAGAAAAAAGAAGGGUAAUCACCACUCUUUAACUACUCCUAACUACUUCUGCCGAGCCCUGUCUUCACCCCAUUCUCUCCCCACUCCUGUAAUGUACUCUACCCCCAUUUCCCUAGUGCCCUGUGUGUUGCCCCUCUGUCCAUAAUCCCUAUAUAGGACAGAAGAAUGUCAUCACUGGCUUGGAACUAGAAGAGUCCCUAGUCCUAGACAAAGACAUAUUUUUCUAAGUUGUGAAUACAUUUUCCCAUAAAUAUGAUAAUGGUAUUAGUAUCAAUAAUUAAAUAAUCAUUAAAACUAAUAAUAAAGGACUAAUAAUUUAGGCAUGUUAUAUGUCAAAUUGGCUUUUAGGAUUAGAAUUUACAUAGACUGUGGGAAACAUUCUGAGUUCACAACAUAGAAAAGCAAAUGAACAAUUGAGAAACAACUCAUUCACAAGUUGAGGACUGUUUAUUGGGGCUUUUUCGUAAGACCAUCAUUGGCACACACAAAGCAUUGAGGCAGCUGGGAUUGGAAACCAAUUUUUUUAAUUUAUUAUUUUUUAAUGGAGGUACUGGGGAUUGAACCCAGGACCCUGUGCAUGCUAAGCACAUGCUCUGUUGCUGAGCUAUACCCACCUCUCCUGGAAACCUGAUUUUUUACAUCCCAAAACAAAUAAGGAUCCCAGAAUUGAUCCUCAUACCUCUGUAGCUAUAUGAGGCCUACUCCCUACCUACACUUACCCUGUCUUGACUUUCUCUCUCUCGUGCAAACUCUUUUCUUUGAAGAGUUAGUGACAGGAACCUUUAUGAGCAUCUUUACCAAACUGAUGCUGUCCAUACUUGUCAUCUAAUCUGAGUUCACAAACAUGUUUUCCAGACUGAAAUUACUCUUCAUAGUAAUGUCAGAGCCUCUCUUUAAUCUGACUGCUCAGUGGAAAGCAAUCCUUACUUUAAACGUGCUGUCUACUCAGUGCUGUUACUUGCAGUCUCUCCAGUUCAUCUUGUGCUUGACAUGUUCUCUCAGUGCACACAUGUUCCUCCAUGUGCCUCUAACUCUAUUAAGUAAUAUAAAAGAACCAUAAGCAAAGACCCAGAACAACAGAAUAUGCCUAUUAUAUAGAAGAAUACAGUUCAUAAUUUAUUUAAAAAUAAAUGUGAGGGUUUUGUUUCAGUUGUUUCAUGUGCUUAAAUACAAUUGUAGUACCAAAAAAAAAAAAAAAAAAGGUGGAGUGGCAUAGGAUUCCCAGGUAGCCAUCAAAGGGAAUCAGACUAGUUGUCCAAGAUAAGGAGAAGAUACAAAGUUUCUAAUUGGAACUAAAUUGGCAACACAGAAGUUGAAGGGCCUGAGGGGCAAGUGGAUGACAUGACAUGUUAGAUAUGGAAUUGCAGAAAGCAGUGAACAGAAUGCCUUGUGCUGAAGUUGAGAGUACAUCUUUAUGUAUAAAAGGUAGAUAUCCUAUCGACAAUGACAGGAUCUAGGAAAUCAAGGUCCCCUGAAGCAGCUCACCUAUGUGGAUUUUGAAAUCAACAACAGGAGGCAGGAUGGAAAGAAAAUAUAAAAGUGAAGCAAGUCCACAGUAGAGGUAAUGGCAACCAAUAGUAGUAACACAACAGCCAGAGAGAGCAACUGUUGUAAACUCAAAUGAAUCGUGAAGCAGCAGCUUAGAAUUCUAGUGACAUUAAGGAUGAGAAUAAGAUCAACUAGCUUCUCUUUUCUAAUUCAAGGUAAACAAGAUAUUGAGUGUUUAAGGCAAAAAGCACCUGCAGUGGUUGGGGGAGAAUCAGAUUUCUAAAGGAAUGGUAAGUGAAGUGAGCUUAAACAUGGGCUUCGAUGAAAAAGUAACCUGACAAUCACAAAAGGGUUCCAGAGAGUGUAACAGAAGGGGACUCUGAAGGGAAGGAAGAUGGUCUCCU